AAAUCGACUCCUAUCGAACCAAAAGUGGACGAGGAAAGUGGUACGGGGAUUGGACGGCUUGUAGUCCUCAAGAACCCAUUGCCACUAUCAUCCCUAUAUCCAAUCAUCAAGAAGCACCUUGGAGUUCCAUAUAUACAGGUUGCAAAGUCGUAUAAGGAGGAAAUUUCGACCAUCGCUGUUUGCGCUGGGUCGGGUGGAUCAGUACUAAAGGACGUACAAGCGGACCUCUACUGGACGGGCGAGAUGUCCCACCAUGAAGUAUUGGCGGCCGUCGCCAAAGGAACGAAUCUAUCCUCAGGUGGGCAUACUAAUACCGAAAGGGGCUAUUUGGAACAACUCAAAGGAAAACUUCAAAAAGAGCUGGCGUCUGAUGGCUCGAAGGCUGGGUUGCAAGUCCAAAUCUCGAAAACUGACCGCGAUCCACUUGAAACGCGCAAUGAAUAUUCAAUACCGACGUGGAAUAUGGCGGAAUUUAAUCCCGUUGACCCCCAAGAUGGUUGGGAAUACGACUUACACUCGGUAAAGUCGAAAACAUUGGUUACAACGCUCUCCAAUAAUCGUUCACCCUUUACAGAUAUAUACAGGGUACAUACGUCAUUUUCAGUCCUGUGGUAUCGACUGGUGGAACAAGUCCUGGG